GGAAUCCGGAUCCAUGUAACCGGGUACAUGGAGUUCAAGUCUACUUGGAGUGAAGCAUAUUUUAAUAUUUUAUAUUCACAAAAGACUAAACAAAACAAAAUGAUGAUAAGGUGUGUCUAUGUGGCUACAAAACCAAGCUACAACUUGAUGAUUCUCAAUUCUCAUUCUUUCUCCUUCCCAUUAACAAAACGCCCUCUUUUUCCUUCAUUGAAAAAACCCUUAAUCAUACACUGCACACAGCAUCAACAACAACAACAACCGUUAUCCAACAUGGAUUCAUCCUCCUCCACCAUAGACGAUGAAAUAGCCGUUGAUCUAACUCCAGUCCUUAAACUUUACAAAAACGGUCGUGUUCAGAGGUUAGCAGGAACUGAGGUUGUUCCACCAUCUCUUGAUCCAACAACAAACGUUGAAUCAAAAGAUGUUAUAAUCUCCAAAGAACAUGACAUAUCAGCAAGACUUUUCAUUCCAAAAACAACAUACCCACCAACCCAAAAGCUCCCUCUCCUUGUGUAUUUCCACGGUGGUGCUUUCUGUAUCGAAACCCCUUUCUCACCAAACUACCAUAACUAUCUUAACUCUGUUACUUCACUUGCUAACGUUAUUGGUGUCUCUGUUCAUUAUAGAAGAGCACCAGAACACCCUAUUCCCAUCGCUCAUGAAGAUUCAUGGCUUGCACUCAAAUGGGUCGCUUCACAUGUUAAUGGAAAUGGCUCUGAUGAAUGGUUGAAUCAAUAUGCAGAUUUUGGGAAAGUGUUCUUAGGAGGCGACAGUGCUGGUGCCAAUAUUGCACAUUAUUUGGGUAUUCGGGUCGGGAAAGAAAAAUUAGAUGGUGUGAAUCUUGAAGGGAUUUUUUAUGUUCAUCCUUAUUUUUGGGGUGUGGAUCCAAUUGGGUCAGAAUCAAAUCAAGCUGAAUAUUUAGAAAAGGUUCAUAAUUUAUGGCGUUUUGCAUGUCCAACCACGAGUGGAUCCGAUGAUCCGUUAAUUAACCCGGCUAAGGAUCCGAAUUUGGGGAGCUUGGGUUGUAAGAAAGUGCUUGUUUGUGUUGCUGAGCAAGAUUUGUUGAAAGAUAGGGGUUGGUAUUAUAAAGAGUUGCUUGAAAAAACUGGUUGGGGUGGUGUUGUUGAAGUGAUUGAAACAGAGGAUGAAAAUCAUGUUUUUCAUAUGUUUAAACCAACAAGUGAAAAAGCUAAGAUUUUGCUUAAUCAAGUUGUUUCCUUCAUAAAAAAUGCUUGAAAAUAUCAUGGUGGAAGUGGAAUAGUGUGUUAUGUGUUCCCUUUAUUUUGUUUCCUGUGUAUCUAUUAUCAUCAAUUUCAAUUUGUUACUAUUCCUCAGAUCGGUUAUGUAUUCGUCUUCUUCACGCUUCUUGUAUUCUGCUGGUAUAUAUGCGAAUGAAGACAAGUUAUUUUUGCACCUCUUUUGCAAUGUUAUGUUUAUUAAUGUCCAAUAAAUGUAAACACUUUUUAUGAAGUAA